GAAAACCUUGACCUCCCCUCAAACAUGGACGUGGCGGCAGAGGAGUCUCUGAGGGAGGGAGAGGAGGUCAGUGGGAUGGGUCAAGCUCUGAGGGAGGGAGAGGAGGUCAGUGAGACGGGUCAAGCUCUGAGGGAGGGAGAGGAGGUCAGUGAGACGGGUCAAGCUCUGAGGGAGGAUGAGGAGCAAGGCACUGAAUCUAAAGGAGAAGAUGAUCUGAACACUGUCUCAGUGAGCAAAGAGGAAGAUGUGGCAAGUCCUGAUGAGGAGGAGCCAUCUACYCACCAUGAAGUCCUCUGGUCCAUUUUUCAUGCUGCAGUCGGUAACCAGGUGAGCGAGAGCUCAGGCUCUGAGGUGAAAGGUGAAGAGCUAAGCAUUCAGUGGGAGGCAGCCGAGUCGAACACAGAGCAACCCGAAGACKGUAGCGCCACAACCGAAGCAGCACUAGACCUGGAGCAGAGCGCAGAUCUGACAGAGUUUGUCCAGAAGCACCUGUUUGGUGACRACCUGUCUUCUUCGCUCAGCCGCUCAGYGAUACACAACGCCUCACUGAGCCAGACCAGCCUCAACAGGUGUGUUCUUCUCUUAAAACUUACGUUAAUUCAUGUGAACGUCCAGCUUGAAGCUCAUCCUCCUGCUGGACAACCAUGAAGGCCAGCAAUCAUA